AUGGCAGGUGUUGCAGAUCCAGCUAUACCGCAGCCGCACGCCAUCUAUGUAGGUUACAAUGAGCGCCGUCACAGGACUUGUACAGGGAUGUGCAUGGACUCAAAACGGUCUGUGUUUGUAGAUGAAGGGCUGCACGUAAGAAGCGAAGACGUGGCGUUUCAGCAUGGAGUUACGUGUAGGACAGGCGCAGGGACGACACAGCUAAAGCUACUUCAUCUAGUUGAUUAG